AUGUUGAUGGCAGGACAAAGGGGCACCUGGACCAUGGACAACGUGGUAGAGAAGAGUUUGGAAGGGCCCCUGGCACCUUCUACAGAUGAGCCCUCCCAGAAAAGGGGAGACCUGGUAGAAAUCUUAAAUGGGGAUAAGGUAAAAUUUGACGACACUGGACUCUCCUUAAUUCUGCAGAAUGGCCUGGAGACCCUCCGAGUGGAAAACGCUCUGACAGACGUCAUCUUGUGUGUGGACAUUCAGGAAUUCUCCUGCCACCGCGUGGUGCUUGCCGCGGCCAGCAACUAUUUCAGGGCCAUGUUCUGCAAUGAUUUAAAGGAAAAGUAUGAGGAGAGGAUCAUCAUCAAAGGGGUCGACGCGGAGACCAUGCACACUCUUCUGAACUACACGUACACCAGCAAGGCGCUGAUCACCAAGCAGAACGUCCAGCGGGUCCUGGAAGCUGCUAACCUUUUCCAGUUCCUGCGGAUGGUGGAUGCCUGUGCGAGCUUCCUCACAGAAGCCUUGAACCCAGAAAACUGUGUUGGAAUACUGAGGCUGGCAGACACACAUUCCUUGGACAGUCUAAAGAAGCAGGUUCAAAGUUACAUCAUCCAGAACUUUGUGCAGAUCCUGAACUCCGAAGAGUUCCUUGAACUUCCUGUGGAUACCCUGUACCACAUCUUGAAGAGCGAUGACCUUUAUGUGACAGAAGAGUCUCAGGUGUUUGAGACUGUGAUGAGCUGGGUCAGGCACAAACAGUCAGAACGACUCUGCUUGCUCCCCUAUGUCCUGGAGAACGUGCGCUUGCCGCUUCUGGACCCAUGGUACUUUGUGGAGAUGGUGGAAGCGGAUCCCCUCAUCAGACAAUGCCCAGAGGUCUUCCCGCUGCUACAGGAAGCCAGGAUGUACCACCUUUCUGGCAAUGAGAUCAUUUCGGAGCGCACCAAGCCCAGGAUGCAUGAGUUCCAGUCUGAGGUGUUCAUGAUCAUCGGUGGCUGCACGAAGGAUGAACGGUUUGUGGCGGAGGUAACCUGCCUGGAUCCCCUGAGGCGCAGCCGCCUGGAGGUGGCCAAGCUCCCCAUGACAGAGCACGAGCUGGACAGUGAGAAUAAGAAGUGGGUGGAGUUUGCAUGCGUGACAUUAAAAAAUGAGGUCUACAUCUCAGGUGGCAAAGAAACACAGCAUGAUGUUUGGAAAUAUAAUUCUUCAAUCAACAAGUGGAUUCAAAUUGAGUAUUUGAACAUAGGCCGCUGGAGGCAUAAGAUGGUGGUGCUCGGGGGCAAGGUCUAUGUGAUCGGAGGUUUCGAUGGCUUGCAGAGGAUCAACAACGUGGAGACCUAUGACCCCUUCCACAACUGCUGGUCAGAGGCUGCACCCCUCCUUAUCCAUGUCAGUUCCUUCGCAGCCACCAGCCAUAAGAAGAAGCUCUAUGUGAUUGGGGGAGGGCCCAAUGGGAAACUGGCCACGGACAAGACUCAGUGUUACGACCCUUCAACCAAUAAGUGGAAUUUAAAGUCGACCAUGCCAGUAGAGGCUAAAUGCAUCAAUGCAGUGAGUUUCCGGGACCGUAUCUAUGUGGUUGGAGGGGCCAUGAGAGCGCUGUACGCCUACAGCCCUCUGGAGGACAGCUGGUGCCUGGUGACCCAGCUCAGCCACGAGAGGGCCAGCUGCGGCAUCGCGCCCUGCAACAACCGGCUCUACAUCACUGGCGGGCGGGACGAGAAGAACGAGGUCAUUGCCACGGUGCUGUGCUGGGACCCCGAGGCCCAGAAACUGACGGAGGAGUGCGUCCUGCCCCGGGGGGUGUCGCACCACGGCAGUGUCACCAUCAGGAAGUCGUACACCCACAUUCGGAGGAUCGUGCCUGGAGCUGUGUCGGUCUGACUGCGGGAGCGCGGAGGGCGGAGCCACGCGGGGAGCCCUCCUCCCUCUCCCCCGCAUCGGUCGCUCUAAAGCAGCUAGCGGAGCUUGAGUUACAGGCUGUGCAUACAUCAGGGGCUCACCGCAGCUCCCCAUGGCGGCUCCUUGGAAGUCACAGCUUUGGGACUUGAGACCAGCCAGGACUGUCUGUGAGACCUACCUCAGGAGGAAAGAAGAAGAAUACUUGACAUUCAAGACACACCUGUCCCAUGCC